AUGGAAGAGGAGAAUAAUAACAAUAAUAAUGGCAUUUCCAACAACUCAUCAAUCAACAAAAAGCUUAAGCUACCUAUCUUCGUUUUCUUUAAAGAUGCAAGACUUGUUUUGAAGAUGGAUGAACUUGCAAAGGAGAUAUUGGGAAUUGCAUUGCCCUCUGCACUUGCUGUUGCUGCUGAUCCCAUUGCUUCUUUAAUAGACUCUGCAUUCAUAGGCCAUUUGGGACCGGUGGAGCUUGCAGCGGCCGGAGUGGUGAUCGCCUUACUGAAUCAAGCUUCGAGGAUCACCAUAUUCCCUCUUGUUAGUAUCACAACUUCCUUUGUGGCUGAGGAAGACACCAUUGAAAAUCUUAACAUCAAAGCAUUAGAGAAGGAGUUCAUUGAGGAUGUUGAGAAAGGUACAAUAGUACAACACAUUUCUAAUAAUAAGUCUCCAAAAGAUUUUUUGGCUACCAACAAUAAUAAUGGAUCAGCAGCUGAUGAUGAGAAUGUGGAAAAACAUGCUAUUGUGAACUUUGACGGAAAUAAUAAUAAUAAUGGACAAGGUAUAUAUAUUCCAGAAGAUGGGAAAUUGAACAAGUUUUCAUCAGCUAAUAGAAGUAAGAAUAAGAUUGAAGCAGAGAAAGUUGGAAAGAAGAAGAGAAAUAUUGCUUCAGCAUCAACAGCACUGCUAUUUGGCACAAUCCUUGGCCUCCUUCAAGCUUCAAUCCUUAUUUUUGCAGCCAAACCUCUUUUAGCUAUCAUGGGUCUCAAACUUGAUUCUCCUAUGAGAGAUCCAGCAGAGAAGUAUCUGAAGCUGAGAUGUAUUGGGGCUCCUGCUUAUCUUCUCUCAUUGGCGAUACAAGGCAUCUUUCGCGGCUUCAAGGACACAACUACUCCUUUAUAUGUCAUUCUUGCGGGAUAUUCUUUGAAUGUGGCAUUGGAUCCGCUAUUUAUUUUUGUAUUGAAAUUUGGCAUCAGAGGCGCAGCAUUUUCACAUGUCAUCUCCCAGUACAUCAUGGCAACGACCCUCUUGUUUUUAUUAACGAAAAAAGUGUAUCUGUUACCUCCAAGACUGAAGGAUUUGCAAAUUUUCCGAUUUUUUACAAAUGGAGGACUGUUGUUGAUGAGGGUAGUAGCUGUGACUUUUUGUACAACUUUUGCAGCAUCAUUAGCAUCUAGGUUAGGUCCAAUUCCUAUGGCAGCAUUUCAAACUUGUUUACAAGUUUGGUUAACUUCAUCCCUUCUUGCUGAUGGUUUGGCUGUUGCUGUUCAGGCAAUUCUAGCAUGUUCCUUUACCGAGAAAGAUUAUAAGAAGGCAGCAAGUUCAGCAACCAGGACACUGCAGAUGAGUUUUGUGUUAGGACUAUUCCUCACUUUUCUUGUUGCCUUUGGACUUUACUUUGGAGCUGGAUUGUUUUCCAAAAAUCAUCAAGUUGUGCAACUCAUCAGAUUAGGCACUUCGUUUGUGGCUGCUACUCAAUCAAUCAAUACAUUGGCUUUCGUCUUUGAUGGUGUAAACUAUGGAGCUUCUGAUUUUGCAUAUUCGGCAUACUCCUUGGUGCUUGUGUCAAUAGUAAGUAUUUCUACAGAAUUUGUUCUCUACAAAUUCAAACAAUUCAUUGGGAUCUGGAUUGCACUAGCCAUCUAUAUUACUCUCCGCAUGUUUGCUGGAGUUUGGAGGAUGGGAACAGGGACUGGACCUUGGCGCUUUCUCAGAGGAGACUCUUACUCAAUUCUUUAGGAUCAUCUUCUCAUAUCACUCAUCACAUGCUUUACUCAAUUCUUAUAGUAGUAAAGGUUUAAUUUUAUCCUUAAUCCUUAAUAUAAGAUCAAG